AAGACGGAAGUGUCAUGGUGCCGGUUGACGUGAACCGUCGCUCCACCGCUGUUGUGUCCGUCAGAAACCGAGCGAGCAGCGGCGAGACCCGCACGAGUCGUGAGGAUGAGUGAGGAGCAGUUCUACCUGGAGCUCUGCGAGGACCCGGUGCAGUUUGAACACGCCUCGAGCGUCAACAACGUCUUCUUCGAUGAGGCUAACAAGCAGGUGUUCGCGGUGCGUUCAGGUGGAGCCACAGGUGUGGUGGUCAAAGGACCAGAGGACAAGAGCAGCGUGGCCUUCAGAAUGGACGAUAAAGGAGAAGUGAAGUGUAUCAAGUUCUCCAUCGGAAACAAGAUCCUCGCAGUGCAGAGGACUCUGAAAUCUGUGGAUUUCAUCAACUUUAUACCCGACUAUCCGCACAUAGAGUUCACUCAGGAAUGCAAGACGAAGAACGCGAGUGUUCUGGGGUUCUGUUGGACGAGCUGGAAUGAGAUCGUCUUCAUCACGGACCAGGGGGUCGAGUUCUACCAGGUGUUUCCAGACAAGCGCAGCCUGAAGCAGCUGAAGAGUCAGAGCAUCAACGUGAACUGGUACCAGUACUGUCCCGAGACCUCCGUCCUGCUGCUGUCCACCACGGUGCAGGGCAACGUGCUGCAGCCGCUCCUCUUCAAGAGCGGGACGAUGUCCAAGAUGUCAAAGUUUGAGAUCGAGCUGCCCGUCGUCCCCAAACCAGCCAAACUCAGCCUGUCGGAGAGAGACAUCUCCAUGGCAACCAUUUAUGGUCAGCUGUUCGUCAUGUAUCUGAAGCACCACUCAAGAACCGCCAGCAGCGCCGGGGCAGAAGUGGUGCUGUAUCACUUACCAAAGGAGGGAGCCGGCAAGAAGGCUCAUGUGUUGAAGCUCAACACGACGGGGAAGUUCGCUCUGAACAUCGUUGAUAAUCUGGUUGUUGUUCAUCACCAGAGUUCACAGACGUCUCUGAUCUUUGACAUCAAGCUGAAGGAACCCGACUGUGCUGUAAACACACACCAACCGGUUCUACCAGCUCGAUCCAUCCACCCCUACCGCAUCCCUCUAGCAGGUCCCGCUGUGGUUCCCUCUCAGCCUCCAGUUCCGUGUCAGCUCUACUCGUCUUCAUGGAGCGUCUUCCAGCCCGACAUCAUCAUCAGCGCCAGUGAAGGCUACUUGUGGUACCUGCAGGUCAAGUUGCCUCCGACUGUGAACCUUCUGCAGGACAAAGGGAAGCUGAUGGACUUCCUGUUACGGAGGAGAGACUGCAAGAUGGUCAUCCUGUCUGUCUGCUCCCAGAUCCUGGCGGGCGGUGAGAGGGGGGGUCUCCCCGUGGUGGCCGUCGUGUUCGACAAACUCAACCAGGUGUACAAAGAGUACCUGGAGGCGGAGCAGGCCUACAGCGCGGCGAUGGAGGCGGGUCCCAGUCGAGGAAGCGCCGCCCCCAAGCGUCCAAUCCGAACGCAGGCGGUGGUCGACCAGUCUGACAUGUACACACACGUGCUGUCCUCCUUCACCGAGGGGAAGGCCGCGUCCCACAAGAUGGUGAUCGCCGUGCUGAUGGAGUACAUCCGCUCUCUGAACCAGGUCCAGAUCAGCGUGCAGCACUACCUGUACGAGCUGGUGAUAAAGACGCUGGUGCAGCACAGCUUGUUCUACAUGCUGCACCAGUUCCUCCAGUACCACGUCCUCAGCGACUCCAAGCCGCUGGCCUGUCUGCUGCUGUCUCUGGAGAGCACGUACCCGCCGGCCCACCAGCUGUCUCUGGACAUGCUGAAGCGUCUGUCCACGGCCAACGACGAGAUCGUAGAGGUCCUUCUGUCCAAGCAGCAGGUCCUGGGAGCUCUGCGCUUCCUCCGCAGCGUCGGUGGACACGACAACGCCUCCUCCAGGAAGUUCCUGGACGCGGCGCGGCAGACCGGAGACCAGAUGCUGUUCUACACGGUGUUCAGGUCCUUCCAGCAGAGGAACCAGAGGCUCCGAGGAAGUCCCGCCUUCAACCCCGGAGAGCACUGUGAGGAGCACGUGGGCCACUUCAAGGAGCUGUUUGGGGACCAGGCUCUGAUGAAGGCCUCCACGGUGUGACCCCCCCGCCCCCCCAGGACCAGAACACAGACUCCCAACUCACCUCACGGGUUGAAUUGUUUUUCAUUGUUCGUUCAAAUAAAAGAUGCUCUCACACUAACAUUUAUUUUACAAUAUUUUAGGUCAUUUCUGGUCAAAACUGACCAAAUUAUAUUUGUUAGUCUUUUGGAUGACGAAGUAGUGAUAAAUAAUAGGGCCGGGACUUUAAGAUUAAGAUUAAUUAAUUACACAAAAAAUAACACAUUAAACAUUUUUUACGCAUUUUUACACUUAUUUUUUGCACCGCGGAACGUUUCUCACUGGAUGAGUUUCGGGGGACCGAUUCUACACUU